AUGAUCUAUACGUACUGGAAAACAGUUGGCUCCUGGAUCUCCGCUGCCACCCCUCCAGCUGCAUCUGAGAGACGCGUUCAGUACCAGCAGGUUGAUCGCACUACGUCUCGCGCUAUGACUGCUGCAAGCCCCCCACUCCUAAGCCCAGUGCAGACCUCGCCGACUCCUUCCCCGAUAUCCCGAAUACCAGACGAUCUUUUGCACGAGGUCUUUCACUUGGUCGCUGCCGAAGCGUUCUUCACGAGCGACAGACCGAGUCGUCUCGGAAGUAUCGCAUGUGUCGCCAUAUCGCACGUUUGCCGGUAUUGGCGCGAACUCGCUCUCGCCUCCCCGCUUCUAUGGUCGUACAUCCAGCUCACUCCGGCGCUUUCCCGCAUUUCAACGGUCCGCGAGCUACUUGGCCGCUCAGGCGAUGCGCCCCUCCUCGUGAGAAUGCAGGGUCCCCGGUCGGUAUGGGAGUCUGCGGAGGGCCUUGUCCAGAUGGCGCGGAUCCUGGCCGUACACUCGCACCGAUUCGUCGAGUUCUACGCAACCUCGUUCCUCCCUGAGCCUAUGAGGGACGUCAUCUCCCAAUUCAGCUGUCCUGCCCCGCAUCUGAAGAGCCUAAGCAUACACCCGGGCUCAUUUGUCUGGCUGCCGGCUCCAUUUCUCGGGUGGAUGCCUAUGGUGAGGCAUGUCUCGGCCACGCAGAUGGCGAUGCCGUGGCUCCCCUACAAGGACAUGGUCGAGCUGGAACUCUCGGACCAGCGUGCACCGCUACUUGAAGACCUCCUAUGGACUCUACGGCACUCGCCGUCACUCAAGGUCCUGUCAGUGUUCCUGUCCGGGGCGCUCGUCCCUCGCAGCGCAGUUGAAGUGGAUGAAACAUCCGUAGUCAUAUUGCCAAAUCUACAACGGCUCUCGUUGGGGUCGCUGCACUCCAUCAGUGACACACUCACUUUGUUAUCACAUAUCGCGUUCACUGUCACUACGGAAGUCAACCUGCGAUUUCACGGCCGGUAUCGAUCUCCUCUCGACCUCGGACAAUUCUGCCCAUCGCUACAACAUAUCGCGCACAGGGUGACGCAAUGCUUCGUACAGUUCCUCAAUACUCACCAGUCACGGAGCGCGGUACUGAAGUCAGAUGACGGCCAUAUGGCGCUCGAAUGGCAAUGGAGGGAGGAUGAGGACGACGAUGGGCGUCUGGACAGCGUUGCGCUCGCGGCAAUUCCGUUCCCUGCGAUCAAAUCCCUGAUUCUCCAGGUGUACAACUUCGACGCGCGUCGUGAGGAGUGGUACGGCAUUCUGUGUCGACUUCCCGAGAUCACCUACCUGGAGCUCGACUUCCGUCUGGUCACUGCCGCCACGAUUGUGGCUUUCUUUCAUUCCCUCUCCAGAUGUCCUAACGACGAGGAAACUGUGUGUCCGAAGCUCGAGCACCUUGUCAUCCUACGCGCUGGAAGUGCCUCGAAUCCUGUGUGGAUGGCGCUCAAAGUUGCCCUGUCGUUGCGCGUAUCGCUUGAAGCGCCGCGUUUGAAGAUGUUGGAGGUCAUGGUUGAGGAGAAGCACUUCUCUGACGUAGAGGAUACCCUAUCAAGUUGUUCCAUUCGGACGAAUUCGCGCACGCCGCUGAGCCAGGAGGGCUGA